AUGGCUAAAGAGAUUCCGCUGUGUAUGUGCCUGGGCCUGAGCGUGGCCCAGCAGGGUCUGCCGCAGUACUACCAGGGCUCGUACAACAUUCCCCGAGCGCCCAUUCCCAGUCCGGGAGCGUGGAACGGCGGCGCCACCGGCGGCGUCUCAUACGGCACUCCACAGGCCUCGGCGACGCUCGCCUCCUCUCGGCCGCAGUGGUCAUCACCGGCCACCGCCGCCCGAGCGGUUCAGUAUGGAGGCGGAGCUAGUCCGGUCAGCUACGGCGCCAGUCCAUCCUAUGGCGCCAGCCCAUCUUACGGUGCCGUUCCGCAGUCUUACGGAGCAGCCAGUCCGCUCGCCUACCGCCAGGCAGCGGCUCCCGUCCCUCAGGCCGCCCCAGUGAGCAGCAUUCCCAGCUCGUACGGAUGGAAUGUGCAGCACUCAUCACCGCCACCGGCCCCAGCAGCCCCUCAAGCCCCGCAGGCGGCCGUCAUUCCCACGCAGUACGCCCCACAAGCAGUGGCUCCUCAGGCCUACAGACCAGCAGCGCCUGUGCAGCAGCCGCAGUACUCACCAGCGCAGAUUCCCGGCCCGGUUCAGUAUCCCACUGCCCAGUACGGUGGCGGUGCUGCUCCCCAGACCUACGCCUCGCCUGCUCGCACCUGGUCCCCAGCACCGGCUGCUGCACCAGCCCAAAGCUGGUCCCCAGCUGCUCCUGCUGCCGCCUACCAGGCCCCAGCCAACCCCAUCUCCAAUGCCCUCGCUCGACCGGCCUCAGUGCACUACGCCAGCAUCGGUGAGAACCUCAACGGCGACUACAAGUUCGGCUACAAGACCGACAAUGGCUUCAGAGAGGAGCAGCGCCAGCCUGAUGGCACCGUCAUGGGCCAGUACGGCUUCACCGACGCUGAUGGGAAGGAGCGAGUGGUGAAAUACUCCGCCGGCGUCAACGGAUACCAG